AUGCAUUUCAUGACCACAGUCAUCGUCUUUACCUCUGCUGCCUCCGCUUUCAGCUUCAAAGGCUGGAGAAAGCCCAAGGUCGAUGAGCUCAGGGUCUCUGAAGCUCAGGAAGUCUGUGGGCAGGACACAAGUGUCCGGUGUUGCAACAGCAAGACUGGCAAUGCGAACGACAACAAAGGCGGCUUCCUAGGUCUUUCCUCCACGAAUUUAAACAUCUUUAACAACUGCUUCGAUCUCAGCUUGAAUGUCAUUGGAAUUCUCGAUGGCACUCUUGGAAAGAAGUGUAGUGGCAAUGUGGUUUGCUGCCGGGACUUCCCAUUUUCUGAUAUCACUGGCCCUAUCAACGACGGACGACCCUGCAUUGAUUUAGUCAAUCUGAUUUAG